AAAAGUUGCCGUAGGAAAAAAAGUAAAGACCAACAGCAGCAACAGCAGCGCGCAGCAGGGACGGCCAAGAGAAAAGUCGAAAAACCGAUACAAAACGGCGAGCAGAAGGUGAAAAAAGCGACUCCAGCCCAAAGUUUCCAGCGACGGCCACCAGCAGAAUGACGCUGCCGAGCAGUGCCAGGGUGUACGCGGAUGUAAAUUCGCAUAAACCACGUGAAUAUUGGGACUACGAGAACUACAUCGUCGAUUGGGUAAACCAGGAUGACUACCAGCUAGUGCGGAAACUGGGCCGGGGCAAGUAUAGCGAGGUGUUCGAGGCGAUCAAAAUGACGAGCAACGAGAAGUGCGUGGUGAAAAUUCUGAAGCCGGUCAAGAAGAAAAAGAUCAAACGCGAAAUCAAGAUCCUCGAGAAUCUCCGGGGCGGUACCAACAUCAUCACGCUGCUGGCGGUGGUGAAGGAUCCGGUCUCCCGCACGCCGGCACUCAUCUUCGAGCAUGUGAACAAUACCGACUUCAAGCAGCUCUACCAAACGCUCAGCGAUUACGACAUCCGGUACUAUCUGUACGAGCUGCUGAAGGCGCUCGACUACUGCCACAGCCUGGGCAUCAUGCACCGUGACGUGAAGCCACACAACGUGAUGAUCGACCACGAGAAUCGCAAGCUGCGCCUGAUCGACUGGGGCCUGGCCGAGUUCUACCAUCCGGGCCAGGAGUACAACGUGCGGGUCGCGAGCCGCUACUUCAAGGGUCCGGAGCUGUUGGUCGACUACCAGAUGUACGACUAUUCGCUCGAUAUGUGGUCGCUCGGCUGCAUGCUCGCGUCCAUGAUCUUCCGCAAGGAGCCGUUCUUCCACGGACACGACAACUAUGAUCAGCUCGUGCGCAUCGCGAAGGUGCUCGGUACCGAGGACCUGUUCGCGUAUCUGGACAAAUACAAUAUCGAGCUAGAUCCGCGCUUCAACGACAUCCUGUCGCGCCACUCGCGCAAGCGAUGGGAACGCUUCGUUCACUCGGAGAACCAGCAUCUGGUGUCGCCGGAAGGGCUCGACUUUCUCGACAAGCUGCUGCGCUACGAUCACUUCGAGCGUUUGACCGCGCGGGAGGCCAUGGAGCAUCCGUACUUUGCCAUCAUCGUCAACGGGCAGAUGCCGCCACCGCCGACCUCGUCCGCCAAGGGCGGCACCAACUAAAUAAGCGCCCUGCCCUCCCCCGUCAUGUCUGUCUGCAGUGUCGCGCCCUUCCGUCACAGCGUAUCUUUACCGGCAGCGCAACACCGAGAGCGUUUCCACCGCUGUUGGCAGCAAGAGAACGGAUGGCUCGGUAGCAAACGGCCAUUCGUUAUGGCUGGUGGAUCGCGUUUGACACGAAUGCUGCUGGGCGGAUGUGGCGCGUACAUCUCGCUGGUUACCUUCAACCACCGACGGGCCGUGGGUGGAAUGUGGCCGAAGGCGGGACGGUUAUGACCGAGCGCCGGGGAGGUGUCGAGCGAAAAUGAAGAUCCCCAGUAAUAUCUGCGGUUCAAACGCCUCAGCCUGCUCGGAUGGUAACUCGUCAACCGAAGUGACGGCUUCAUAAGACCGGAAGCGGACGGGCUUCAAGUCCCAAUAGUGAAUUGAUGUCGGGCGGAGCAACCCUUAGUGGAGCAUAAUUAUUAGUAGAUGUACGUGAACAUGAGUAUAUGUUAAAGCAAAUGCGUUUUCCCCUUGCUGCGCCACCAACACACACUCAUCCCUUUUAACUCGUCCCCGGUUAAGUACUGAUAGGCGAGACGAAAUUAGAAGGAGUUAUGAGCUUUUGUUUUUAAAUCACUAUUAUUUUAAACCAAUUAUAAUCCCGGUCGUAGUUUGGUAGGUAGAAGUUGUUAGCGUUCGAGAUGGAAGCUACAUAACCGUUAGACAUAUAUGUUUGAUUAAAUAUUUCAAUUUCUCCCAACUCCGGAUUAUGAUUAUGUCCCCCAUCUCCACAUUAUCAGCAAAUGGAUAAAUAAUAAAGACGAAUCUUUGG